UAGUUGUAUGGGAGAAGGCGAGAAAGAGAGAUGAUGGAAGGAGGUGAAAAUAAGAGAUCCAGGGGCAGGGGGGAAGAAUUGUUUGGUAGAUAAAUGCCCACAUUUAUAUUUCUAUGCUUACGGGAGAUUUCUGAAACUGGAGCAAAUGCUAAGCCAAAUUUUGAGACUGUUUAUAUCUGGGAAAAAAGUAGGGCAGGGGCAGCAAUAUAAAACAAAAGAGCUUUGUCAUUAGAGAGCCAAAGCUCUGCUAUUGAGCGGCACAAUGACAUUUACUACAGUCACAGCCAAUGACUCUGAUUUCAAAGGGCAGCAGCCCCUAGGAAGACAGUCACUUGAUAACCUCUCUCUCAACACACCCGGAAACAGAGGAAGAAUUUUGUUUUCUCUAGAUGGGGAGUGUGCCUUUCCAUUCCACUAUAAAAAUGGAACCUACUAUGACUGCAUCAAGUCCAAGUCAAGACACAGGUGGUGCUCGUUAAAUGAGACUUACGAAGGAUACUGGAAGUAUUGCUCUGCCGAAGAUUUUGCAAGCUGUGUGUUUCCCUUCUGGUACAGACGCUUGAUCUACUGGGAUUGUACUGACCAUGGGGAAGCAUUUGGGAAAAAAUGGUGUUCACUGACCAAGAAUUUUAACAAGGACCGAAUUUGGAAAUACUGUGAAUGAUGGCGAGAUUUACCAGGGGAGGGGGAUGAAGACGUUUAAUCGUUCUCCUUGGAAAGAACCUAUGGUUUUUGUUGGCAGAGAAGAACCCUUUCUCAUUAGAGAGGGGCUUUUUUUAUUUUUUAUUUUUUAUUUUCUGGGAUGUGAGUUGAAGGUGAUCUAACUAAAUAACUAGAGGUUUUUGAUUAAGGAUUAUGGGGUUUUAAUAUGGAAAUCUGUAGUUUAGCCUCAGCACUUUAAUUGCUAACUGUGUAAAAUUAGUCUCUUUUAAAAAUUAAGUCUAUGGGCUAGGCGUGGUGGCUCAUGCCUAUAAUCCCAGCUCUUUGGGAGGCUG